GCCAAUCACAGGCGACGCAGUGGGGAAGCGUUUAAAACACAUUCUAAAAAGUGUCGGAAAGUUGCUUCCACACUUCAACACCCGGUCCAAAAAGGACGACUCCGAUUAAACUAAGAUACUAGCGGAUUUGUUGGGGACUUUCCCGUGUGCUUCCCUCGUCUUGGACUCAGAGCUGUGACCAGUUCGUCCAUUUUUAAAGCUCUCCCUUACUCUCAUUGUAUAUAGACUCGCCAGCACCAUGUCACAACAUUUCAGGAGUGGACCAGCAUUUGGACUUUCUGCCGAAGUUAAGAGUAAGUUGGCAGGGAAGUAUGACCCUCACAUGGAGGAAGCGCUAAGGCUGUGGAUUCAGGAUGUGACCAGCAAGAAAAUUGGAGAAAACUUCAUGGAGAGUUUGAAAGAUGGAGUUGUGCUGUGCGAACUCAUUAAUGUUCUCCAGCCUGGCUCUGUGAAAAAGAUCAACCACUCCAGUCAAAACUGGCAUCAGUUGGAAAACAUUGGAAAUUUUGUCCGUGCAAUCACAGAGUACGGCUUGAGACCUCAUGACAUCUUUGAGGCCAAUGACUUGUUUGAGAAUGUCAACCAUACGCAGGUCCAGUCUACUCUCAUCGCUCUGGCUGGAAUGGCAAAGUCGAAAGGGUUUCACUCCAAGUAUGACAUUGGAGUGAAGUAUGCUGAGAAACAGCAGCGUCGCUUUGCUCCAGAGAAGCUCAGGGAGGGACGCAACAUCAUCGGCUUGCAGAUGGGCACCAAUAAGCUGGCCAGUCAAAAAGGUAUGACCUCUUAUGGCACAAGACGCCAUCUUUAUGACUCGAAGAUGGGCAUGGACAACCCGAUGGAUCAGUCGACCAUCAGUCUACAGAUGGGUACCAACAAAGGAGCCAACCAGUCUGGCAUGACGGCACCAGGAACAAGGAGGCACAUCUUUGACAAGAAGCUGGAGCUGGAGAACUGUGACACCACCACUAUAUCGCUUCAGAUGGGCACCAACAAAGUGGCCUCCCAGCAGGGCAUGACCACCUAUGGCCUCCCCCGCCAGGUCUAUGAUAACAAGUACUGCGCCAACCCUACUGAGGCCUACAAUAACGGGAGUGAGGCUGAGUUUGAUGGCUACAACCAGUACUCUGACUAAGAAAACCACACGCAGCCUCAAGUGCUCCCUUCCCACGUUUUUGCUAAAUUUUAGACAACCAAUCAUGACUUUGUGAUGAGUAAUUCCCUCCCCCAGACUCUUAUUUAAACACCAAUUUGUUGUCUUUUUCCCAACAUUUUUACUCUUGGGAAAUGUUUCUUUCCAUGAGUAAAACGAUAGUGUUUACUUAACAUACCAACUUUCUUGUUGUGGCCAACUGUAUUCCAUCCUAAACGUAUUUAAUCACUGCUAUAGUGACCCAGAUAGUCCAGAGGUUGAUAUUUAAUAUCUGUGCUAUUUAUAGAUCAUUUUAAAGAUCAUUAUAUUUCUACUUUGUAAUCAGACAGUCAGACAACACAGAAUUUGACCGUUUCUGCUAUGGACAAGUUACCACGUUGGUGCUACUGACCUUUUGGAGUGCAAUCUAUGUCCACAUUGAAACGUCACAGCCGCAAGGAAUCCCCCUUCAUUCUCCCCAUGACUGACAAGAAUGGAAGAUACAGGACUAAUAGUUUUACAGUAUACGGACAUUUUUUUGUGAGCACCUACAUUGAUUUAUGUAGCCAUCCACCUAUCAAAUUACCAGUGAUUCCAGGUAAAGUCUAUCCCAGUUGAUGUGGUUUGCACAGAAUGUUACCUCCAACUUUGGCUGUUACGUGUAAUGAAAACUAUAGAGCGGGCCAAGACAUGGAAUAUGGUUACGUGGCAUGGGAACAAGAGUAUGCUAUUGAACAGUGUUGAAAAUUGAAAUAAGGUCACUUAAUCUGAAUGCAUAUAACCUUUAUUUUGCCUGUGAACUCCUCCCAGCUUGAUGCUGUUGCUCCAAUUGCUCUUUACCGGC